AUGGCGCAACCCACCAGUCUCCCCCGUGACGCCAUGAACUCUGUCGACCGCAUCGUCAAGCAUGAGCUUCGACAUCUGGCCAACAAGCAGGUGGCCGCCACCUUGAAGGCACUGCUCGCAGGGCAGGACCGUGCCACACCGCCGUUGCAGCUGGCCAAGAAGCGCAAAUUGAGCGACGGCGACAGUGGCGAUCCCAACAUCAACCAGCCCCGGCCAGUCCUUGUAGGCACGCCUACAACUGGCAUCCAUGGUUGCUCUGGUCACGAGCCCCUCACGGCGCUCAGAGGACUCAUGGCAGACCAAAGUGGUGACCGACCUGGCGGGGAAGCUGGACAGAUACGUGGUAGAGGUCAUGAAGUCAUGGCCUCGACUUCACUCGCCUCACCUGGAGCAGCUGCUGCAGCUGCAAGGCCGUUCCAUCGACGAGUCGACCGCCUCCGGGUCGUCAACCGCACAGGCAGAGACACUGCCAGAGCCACGGGCAGCGCCAGCAGCAUUACCUCGAGGCCCUUCAAUCUGAUCGCUCGCAUCUCCGAGAUCAUCCUGCUUGCCGAUGAGGUAGCGAAGUAUCUCGAACCAGCCGACAUCCUGAAUCUGUACAGUGUUUCUCGCCACUUCCAUGUCGCCAUCAACGGCAACCUGACGUCCUCGCUCAAGAAGUGGGCAGACGCCAGGGCUCCAGGCUCGGCCAGCAUCUUCCCCCCCAACGUCGACCAGCGUCUCUGCAUCCCCGAUCCAGGGAGACGCGUCGUGUCUGAGUUCGUGGCCGGGGGGCCCAACUAUGUCCGCCGCGUCCCGACGCUGCGGUGGUAUCAGAUGGUGGUCAGUCGCCACGAGAUGGCUGAGGACAUCAUCGCCCACCUCGCUCGCGCCGGGCUGCGCACUCCGCGAGGUACACACAUCACUCUGCUCAGAAUAUGGUUUCUCAUGAACGUGGCCACCACGGAGAAACGCCUCAAGCUUGUCGGCCGCAAAGACCUCUGGAGCAACGCGGACCUCGUCAACGCGCAGGUGUUCUUCCUGAAGCUCUCGCUCCACUUCAACGACCCCAACUACGGCCCGGACAGCAGCGAGCUGUUCAAGCUGUUCAUGGGCCAGCGGGGCCUCCACCCGCUCUGGCAGAUGCUCUUCGGCCACCGCUACCGCACCACCUACGACCUGCUGGAGCUCAAAGUCCGGUACGACGUCGUCUUGCCCGCCCAGCACCGCAGCAGCGAGCCUGUCUGUGGCGUGGCGCGCUGGCUCGUCGGCAGCCUCCACCUCGAGGGCUGGGGCUCGGGCGUCCGUCACCUGGCGCGGCCCGAGGAGGUCGUCAUCUCGGAGUGGGCGCGCCGGGGCCUGCGCCUCGACCUGUACCUCCUCCCUCUCACCCUGUGGGGCCACGUCGACCACUACACCGGCCGCAACCUGGCGCCGCAGCAGGAGGAGCUCGACAUGCUGCGCGACGCCGAGUACAAGAACCGCAGCCUCGACACGACCUGGGAGUUCAAAAACGUCAACUGCAUGAAGGACCGCUGGAACGUGCUGACCAGGGAGGAACGCACCCGGGUCCUGCGCUGGCAGGACCUCGCCGAGGAACACAUCACCAAAGCCGACAAUGCGACCCCGGCGGAUUACGGACAUGAGGAGUACUACGACUCCGACGACAGCGACGGCGGGCUCAUGCCGUCGGGUCCGCCCAAUGUCGACCCACGCCACGACUUCGGUCCUGACGCGCCCGCCUCUCUUCGCCAAUACACCGACACGUGGGAGGCGACUAUCAAGGCAAUCAUCCCGCGCAUUUGCGAGGCGUCAGUCACCGACGGGGACGACGACAGCGACGACGUCGAUGAUUUCGGCGAUGACGAUGAAGAUGCUGCCCAACGCCGUCAUGAGACUGCAGGCAACGAGGACGUCGUCAUCAAGAUCGAACGCGACGAAGCCGCUGACAUGGAGAACGCAGGCAACGAGAAUGCCGUCAUGGAGAACACCGGCAAUGAGGUCGCACGCAACGAGAACGCCGUCAAGAGUAGCUUCGUGGACACCCCGGCCGUUCGUCCGUCCCUCUCCACUGACGGCUUCGACCAUUCCGAACAUGCCGGCGACGACGAUGAUGAUGAUGAUGCCGACGACGACGACGAUGAUCCCCUGGGGCCGCCUCAGCCUCAGCCGGACUACUACCGCUUUCCCCGCCGGUUGGGGUCUUAUCCAACCCAGGCCGCUUUCGAUGGACUGGCCCAACUAAGCUUGUCGCAGGACGAUUCAGACGAGCAAGACGAGCUGAGAGACACGUGGGACACGGACGGACAGUUCUGCAGCGAGGGCGUGGCUGUCUGCCCGUGGCAGACGUUGACUGAGCUUGCUAUUCUCACACUAUAA